AUGGCGGAACAACCCGACGAAAUAGAAUCCACGGAAAGCGAUUACAGCCGUCCGACGGUUCGUAACCCGCAGGGUAUGCGCACCGGCUACACCACCGGUUCGUGCGCUGCCGCAGCAGCCAAGGCAGCUGCGCUGAUGCUACUCAUUGGCCGGGAGGUGGACCAGGUAACUAUCCGGUUGCCGGUGGGCCAGGAUGCCACCUUGCAAAUCCACCGAUCUGAACGGCUAGAUGAACAGCGGGUAUUGUGCUCCGUGAUAAAGGAUGGGGGUGAUGACCCCGACGCCACCCACGGCGCCGAAAUCUGUGUCACCGUAUCCCGCAAUCCAGACCUGUCGGGCCUCAAAAUAACCGGCGGACCCGGGGUCGGAACAGUGACCCGGCCCGGUACUGGAAUAGAGGUGGGAGAGCCCGCCGUAACCCGCGUUCCCAGGCGGAUGAUGGCGGAGUCGGUCAGCGAGGCCGCCGUUGCCGCUGGCCUCGAGCCGGACGCCGGAUUUGUGGCGCAGGUGGCUGUGACCAAUGGCGAGGAAAUUGCCGAAAAGACCACCAACGCCCGGCUGGGUGUACUGGGAGGCAUUUCCAUACUGGGCAGUACCGGAGUCGUCCAGCCCUUUUCCACGGCGGCUUGGCGCGCCAGCGUGCACCUGGCGGUGGACGUCGCGGCCGCCAACGGCCUGCCCCACGUCGUGCUGUCAACAGGCACAAGGAGCGAGGAAUACUCUCGUCAACUCCUGGAUCUGCCGGACAUGGCCUAUAUCGAAGCAGGUAUCUUCAGCGGUCCCUCGCUGAAGCGUUGCGUCAUGCGCAAAAUCGGCCGUGCUACCCACGUGGGGAUGAUAGGCAAAUUCUCGAAGAUGGCUGUGGGGCAUUUCGUCACGCACGUCGCAGGCAACCAGGUGGACACCGCUUUUCUUGCCCAGUUGGCGGCCCGGUGUGGCGCCACUCCGGAGGUCCAGGAAGAGAUUCAGGGCGCCAGCAGCGCUCGGCACUUCCAGGAGAUUGCCCAGGCCAACGGGCUGAUGCAGGUCAUACCUGUUAUCUGCCAGAUGGUAUGCGACGAAAGCCAGAAGCUUCUCGGAGACGACGCCGACUCGGUGAUAGUGGAUUCGAUGUGUUUCGACUUCGACGGUACCCUUCUUGGCUGGGCAUCCACCUCUCCCGACGGUAUUCCUAUGGUGGUGGGCGCGCCCGCAGGCUCCGGUGGUUAG